AUGUCGUCGUUGACAACCUCAAACGAACAAACGCAGGGUCUUGCUCAUAUUCCAAAUGAAACGACGGCAUUGUUACCCAACAUUGAUAAUGUUAUUGCUUCUCAUGUCUCGUUAAAUGAACCUAGACUUCCAUUUAACCUAAACGAAGCAUUUUAUAUUCUUCAAAAAUCUUUUCCAAUUUGGUUGGCUACGUUUUUACAGUACACUUUUACAAUUAUUAGUGUACUUACGUUGGGUCACAUUGGACCUGUAGAGUUGGCUGCUUUGGCGUUAGGCUCUAUGUACGCUUCAGUAUCUGGUAUAUCCAUAUUUUAUGGUGCAACCACUGCUUUAGACACCUUAUGUCCACAGGGCUACACUUCUGGGAACCCAAAAAUGGUUGGCGUGUAUUUACAACGCGCUAUCAUUAUUAUUCUUCUUGGGUUUAUCCCAAUUAGUUUGGUCUGGUGGGAAUCCGGAGCAAUACUGGUUUAUUUAGGUCAAAAUGAAGAAUUGUCCGCAUAUGCGCAAGUGUACUUGCGUUGGUCAAUUUUGGGUGCUCCACCCAUUUUCAUCUUUUGGUGCGUUGAAAAAUUUUUACAAGCCCAAGGCAUCAUGCAAGCCACAUCUUUUGUUCUUAUAAUUGUUAGCCCAUUAAACAUUCUUUUAAAUUACGCUCUUAUUUGGUGGGAUAAAAUAGCUCUUGGGUUUAUCGGUGCACCCAUAGCGACAAAUAUUUCUAAUUGGCUGAUGCUUAUCCUUAGUAUCCUUUACAUUAAAUAUAUUGACGGACAUCAAGCUUGGGGCGGUUGGACUCGUGCAUGCCUUUAUGACUGGUCAUCUUUCAUGAGAUUAGCAAUUCCUGGAAUUUUAACAUCUUGCGCGGAUUGGUGGAUUUAUGAACUGAUCGCUCUUGCAUCAGGAUAUAUCGGAAACGUACCAUUAGCAGCUCAUCGUUUAGUUCUUACCAUUGCACUUUUGUUCUUUCAAUUACCAAGAAGUAUAUCAUUGGCAACCUCAAAUAGAGUUGGUAAUUUCCUGGGAGCAGGUCUCGCUAAGAAAGCCAAAAUUACUGCCGAAACUUCUUUGAUUCUCGCGCUCAUGAGUGCUAUAUGCACCUCGAUGGGAAUAUUUAUGUUCAGGGAUUCAUGGGGGUACUUAUUUACAAACGAUGAAGAAGUUGUAAAGUUAACAGCUUCGGUUUUGCCAUUAUGUGUCCUAUUUCAGCUAUCAGAUGGAAUCGGUGCCAUAGGCGGAGGAAUACUAAGAGGACUAGGAAAGCAGAAGAUUAUAUCAAUCAUUUAUUUAUCGGCAUAUUAUAUAUUUGCAUUACCAAUUGGACUUUUAUUAGCAUUUAAAUUUAAUCUUGGAUUGAUCGGACUAUGGUCUGGUGUUACUUUGGCAUCAAUUCUUAUGGGAUGUAGUAUAUUUGCUGUCGUAAUAACAACUAAUUGGGAGUGGGAAGUGGUUGAAUGUAGUAGAAGGAUAAGGUCAGAUUUAUUGGAAGAAGAGGUUAUAGUUUGA